AUGGCAUCCUCACCUGUUGAUAGCCUAGUUGCUCUUCCGCUGGAGAUUUUCCAAUAUAUUCUCUCCUACCUACCUAAUCCUGAUAUCAAAAAUCUACGCCUGACUAGCUCGUCGAUAAGUGAUAGGGCUCAUCCGCGAUUGGACCGAGCAUUUCUAUCCGCGAAUCAGCGCAAUAUCGAAGUGUUCCGCUCGAUAGCCAGCCAUGAAGUGUUCCGCCGGAGGGUCGUCGAAAUCAUCUGGGACGACGCACGGCUACAGGAGGAACAACCACGGGAGCGAUACGACUCGGACGAUGUAUACGCCCGCUCUGGGGACCUGUGCGAUUGCAACAAUGGCUGCGACUGCUGCUCGCCGGAUAACGGCUGUCCAGUAUGGUUCGCGCGCGUGUGUAAAGAAAAUAUCAAAUACUUACUUCGUCGUAAGCACCGGGAUGUAGACAGGCCAGACCAUGUCGCGCGGGAUAGGCAGGUCGCUGCAGAACUUCCUCUCCGGGAAUCGUGGGAAUAUUAUCAAGGCUUAGUGCGAGUACAGAAAGCAGUGCUCGCGUCUGGAGCAGAUAUUAGUGCUUUUAGAUAUGGGCUUGAGCAGUUCCCAGCACUAAAGAGAGUUACUCUUACCCCCGUUGCGCAUGGCUGGCUAUUCGCCCCGUUAUAUAAAACACCGAUGAUCCAGGACUUCCCAUACGGCUUUAACUACCCAAUCCCUCGCGGCUGGCCAAUACUUUCCCGUGGAGAGAAGUCAAUGGAAGCUUGUCCAUGGGGCGUCAGCAGUGGCGAGACGCAAAAGAACCAGUGGCGUGGUUUCCGAGCCGUUACGCGCGCACUUGCGCAACAAGCACACCACCACCAUGUCUUGGAGUUUAGUGUUGAAGUUAACCAGCUCUUCACUGGUGUAAACUGUCGCAUCUUUGACCAGCCAUGCCGCGAGUACAAUGAUUUGGUAAUACUACUCCAGAAGCCUGGCUUCAGUCGCUUUGAUAUAUCUCUCCUUGUUGGUGGAGUGGAACAUGACGGUUGGCCAUGCUUCCGUAGUGGCCUCCUCUACAGCGCCUUGGCUGGAGCACCGGACCUGCAGCAUAUCUCCCUGUGUACUGAUGUCUACCCUGACCCUGAUGGACAGGGAAUAGAGAAAUGGAGUGGUGGCUCGAUCCAGCACUUUAUCCCCCUCCAGACUAUUUUCCCAGUCGAGAAGUGGCUGCGGCUGCGGCACUUCGGCCUCUCAGGUUUUCUAGUUAUGCAGGACGACGUGUUGAAUUUGCUAGCGGCAUUACCGUCCACUAUUCGAUCAGUCGAGCUCAGCUUCCUACAUUUUCUUGACCGUGGGGGUUCUUAUAUGGAACUACUAGAGCAGAUGCGUAACACCCUUCGCUGGCGUGACAGGCCAUUAGAAGAGAGGCCGCAGGUGCUAAUUGCAACAGAAUUGAUCUCAGUACAGGAUGGCCGAAGUGUUUGGGUGGACUGCGAGGUGACUGAGUUCCUAUACAGUGAUGGGAUAAACCCCUUCUCGUGCGGGGAUCCAAACCGUAUCUUGAACAAUAGUGGCAUGGGUACUGUUAGAGAUGCCUUUGAACCAGAGCAUGAGAGGCCUCUGCUGAGCCCAAGCAAGCUAGCGAAGCUAGGGUGCCGGAAGUGGUCGCCUACUGGCACCAUGUUGUCAAGGCCGCCCUACCAGGCAGUGGUUGAUUAG